AUGCUCGGCUCUCGGCGCAAGAUGGCGGCGGCGGAUAAACAGAAACAUGAGCACGGGCGGGUGAAGAUAGGGCACUACAUCUUGGGGGACACGCUGGGCGUGGGCACCUUCGGCAAAGUCAAGGUUGGCAAACACGAACUGACUGGCCAUAAAGUUGCAGUGAAGAUCUUGAACAGGCAGAAGAUUCGCAGCCUUGACGUGGUGGGGAAAAUCCGCAGAGAAAUUCAGAAUCUGAAGCUUUUUCGGCAUCCACACAUAAUCAAGCUCUACCAGGUCAUCAGCACACCAUCUGACAUUUUCAUGGUGAUGGAAUAUGUUUCGGGAGGUGAAUUGUUCGACUACAUCUGCAAAAAUGGAAGGCUUGAUGAAAAGGAAAGCAGACGUCUUUUCCAGCAAAUCCUUUCCGGUGUGGAUUAUUGCCACAGGCACAUGGUAGUUCAUAGAGAUUUGAAACCUGAAAAUGUGCUGCUUGAUGCUCACAUGAAUGCCAAGAUUGCUGAUUUUGGCCUCUCAAAUAUGAUGUCCGAUGGUGAAUUUUUAAGAACAAGCUGUGGGUCUCCUAAUUAUGCUGCUCCAGAAGUAAUUUCAGGAAGGUUAUACGCAGGCCCAGAGGUGGAUAUCUGGAGCAGUGGUGUUAUUCUCUAUGCUUUGUUAUGCGGGACCCUUCCGUUUGACGACGAUCAUGUGCCAACACUUUUUAAGAAAAUAUGCGAUGGUAUAUUUUAUACUCCUCAGUACCUGAAUCCGGCAGUGAUAAGCCUUCUGAAACACAUGCUCCAGGUGGAUCCCAUGAAGAGAGCUACGAUCAGAGAUAUAAGGGAACACGAUUGGUUUAAGCAAGAUCUCCCUAAGUACCUCUUUCCCGAAGAUCCAUCUUACAGUUCAACAAUGAUCGACGAUGAAGCCUUAAAAGAGGUCUGCGAAAAGUUUGAAUGCACAGAGGAGGAAGUGCUAAGCUGCUUAUAUAAUCGGAAUCACCAGGAUCCUUUAGCGGUUGCCUAUCACCUUAUCAUAGAUAACAGAAGAAUAAUGAACGAAGCUAAAGACUUCUACCUGGCGACGAGUCCGCCAGAUUCUUUUCUCGAUGAUCACUUCUCUCGUCCCCAUCCGGAAAGAGUGCCAUUUUUAGUAGCUGAAGCACCAAGGCCGCGCCAUACGCUGGAUGAGCUAAACCCACAGAAGUCCAAACACCAAGGGGUCAGGAGAGCUAAGUGGCAUUUGGGAAUCCGGAGUCAAAGUCGACCCAAUGACAUCAUGGCCGAAGUUUGUCGAGCAAUCAAGCAGUUGGAUUAUGAGUGGAAGGUUGUAAAUCCAUACUAUUUGCGUGUUCGACGGAAGAAUCCGGUGACCGGCACCUACUCCAAAAUGAGCCUGCAGUUAUACCAGGUGGACAGUAGAACUUAUCUGCUGGACUUUCGCAGCAUUGAUGAUGAAAUUACUGAAGUAAAGUCCGGGACCACCACUCCACAGAGGUCAGGCUCUGUGACUAACUACAGGUCUUGUCAGAAGGAUUCGGACACUGAUGCUCAAGGAAAAUCCUCUGAUAUGUCUCUUACCUCAUCAGUGACCUCUUCCCUCGACUCUUCUGCAGCUGAGUUAACCCCGAGAUCAGGGAGCCACACGAUAGAAUUUUUUGAGAUGUGUGCAAAUCUAAUUAAAAUACUUGCGCAGUGAUUUGUAAGACAGGUUUUAAUUUUUUUUUACAGCAAUAAGCAUGCCUAAAGGAAAAGAAAAUCAUAGUCAAAUGCUUCCAAUUAUAAUCAAAUACAGUUAACUUUGGCGCUGAGAUGACUAGCCACAUUGCAAUUUGCACAGAAAUUGAAUACACAAAAAGCAGUCUAGACCUCUUAAUGUGAUGAA